CUUUCUUUUAUGCCUGUGCGAUUUAUGAAUACUGGAGAGAAUCUCGCGAUAGGUUCAUAGGACCGGAAACAAUUUACUUUGUCGAGCAUGACAGAGAUAAAGCAGAAUCCCUCGUGAAAAUGUUCAAGGUUUGGGUUCCAACAUUAUUCACACAUCAUAUGGUCAUUCCAAAAGAAUAUGAAAGCGUUGUGGCCUCACAUACUUACGUAAAUCAGCCACGGGUACAUAGGGAACGUGUAAGCGAUGCAUAUGAGACAGUUGAACAACGCGAAAAUAAGAAGAUUGAAACAAUAAAGGUGGAAAAUAUCAAUGAAGUUCCAGGAAGACGAUCCACAAAGAUAAGAACAUACGCAAACGAAAAGGAUGUACACAUUUCAGCGGAUCCAUUGUAUGCAAAUAUUGAUGCAAGCAGCGUGUACGAUAUCGAUGCAGGACCAGCACCACAAGCACUAAAAUCGGUAUCGGAAGGAGUUCGAAUUCCAAACGAGGCAUUGGAGCCAAUUAAUGUAUCGGACUAUGACGUCAUUCAAAACACUGCGAUUGAUCGCGAGGAGAACAGUAAUAGAUCUUAUUCUGUAGACGCAUCCGAUUAUAAAGGCAUUGAAACCAAUCGGAGCAAAAUGGAAAUAAAUUUCAUAAAUGAACUAAAAAGUGUUCUCCUCGCUACCAGUGACACUAAUCAUGUUUAUGAUAACUUUCGCCCGAAGCACUAUCAAAGCGAAGGUCUGCCUAGCGAAGCUGAUGCAAUAAUAAAGAACGAGCUGACAGAUACUAAAGCGUUCACAACAAAGUCAUUUCGUUUUGAUAAAAGCAAAACAGUUCUAGCUAUAUGCACAGCUGAUAUUCGUGAAGCUGAAGCCGAUGUUAUUGUUUGCCCCGCAUAUGAAGGUGUUGCAUUUCAAGGGUUUGUGCCAAAUGGCAUUCGAUGUAAAUUUGGUAUUGAACAAAAGGCGAUAGAAGAAAAGGUCCUUAAAAAGGGGAGGAUAGCAACAUCGCGUUGUCCGGUAGGUCCGGGAAGGUCUGCAUAUGUGUACCAUGUCAAGGCAUCAUUGUUUGAAUGUGGACCAAAGCCACUCUCUACAACAUCCGAAAAGAAUCUUGAACAGACUGUGGAGAAAGUGUUUGAUAAACUGCAUCGUCUGAAGCGCAACGUCAAUACCAUAGCCUUCCCGCUAAUCGGUACCAGUAAGUUAUCUAUCAAUACCAUAGCCUUCCCGCUAAUCGGUACCAUCGAUGUUGCUGACAAAGACCUUAUCAAAUCACUGUGCAGGCAUUUCCUAAAAGUGAUGUUCAGGUGUUGCGACAAACGUCGCGGUUCAAACAACCUGGAGGUACAGAUUUUGAAUCACUGUGCAACGAUCACAGAAUGGCUCCAGGAGACUCUGCACGAACAAAUUAAUGGUGAUUAAGUAUACUGUAAAUGAAAGCUGUUCAAAGAAGAAUGGUUUAUUAGAUGGUCGCUUUAGCGACCGUCUAAAGUGCUUAGUGUAAAAUUCAGGUCGGUACGGCCUAGCUACUAGGAGCCCAAUACCCGCUUACUACGCGUAUCCGCGCAAAAAAAGUUGUAUAAUUUAUGCAAGAGGUUUGAGUUCUCCUAUUAUGUUCAUUCACAAAUGGAAACAUUAUAUUAAUAUCGUGUUAAAUGCAAUAGUUUCGAACGGUGUUUUAUAGAAAAGAAUCAAUAAACAAUGAUCGUAUUGUACGUGUCGCGGAGGAGAUUGUUUAUGAAUGAUUAAAAUAGUCCACUUUCUGCUGCGUCUGCGUGACGUAGUAUUUUCGCUCAGCUCAUUCAUAAAUCUAAGGCUGGCGAUAAACAAAGGGGAGUCCGGGUGAGAAUAACGCAAUAGUAUAAGGUUACGCUUGUUUAUAUGUUGGUGUUGUUGUUGUUGUUGUUUAUAUUCACAGGUCACAAUCAAUAAUACGUUGACCAUGAGUUAACAAUUAUUACAGGGAUACGAUAGACAACAUAAAAAAUGUUUCAUUAUCGCUGAAACUGAAUAUUAAAAAACAUUUAAAUAUAACAAGAAUAUUCUUCAAAAAAUGUAGUCUUGCUGUUUUGAAAUAAGGUUUGGAAUUUUGGUUUCUAAAUAACUUAAUUCAAAACAAAAGUUAAAUUAUAGUGCUUUUUACUUGUUAGUCGCAUAUUUACCGCAUUAUAAUGUGUGUUAUAAUAGGCAAACCAUACAUUAGUAAAAUUCAAUCUGCCUUCGCACAUAGUAGAAAUGGGUCAAUUAGGUGCUGCGUUUCCUUUGCUUACUUCAGUUAGAGGUCAAUUCUUUACGUAAUAGCAAUCACAAGGCCCCGGCUUCAAAGGAAUUGCGGAGCGUUCUUACAUAAUUAAAGUCGUAGUCGCAUGGUAUUUGUGUUUAGCGUCCUAUUUCGUCACGUGGUUCUUUUUCGCGGGUGUUUUGGCGUCUAUUUUUCGUCACGUGAUCAAAAGAUGUCCUCAGCAAAAAAAUAGUUCAUCGAAACGAAAGUGUUAAAUUAUUAAGUUUGUACUAUCGACGUAUUUUCAAGACGGUAGUUAUAUGAAAAUGAUUUGUUUAUUUAUUAUUUUCUAAUUAUAUUGAGUUCAAAAUAACUUAAAUAGUUGUUUAUUGGCUGCGCAAUGAUACAUUGUUUACAUUCCAUCCGAAUUGCAGGUCAUUUGUUUAUAUGAUUUAAGUCACACAUCUUUAUUCCUUAGUCUGUUCAGCCACACCUACCAAUUUUUCUACAGCCAAAGCAAUGAAGCAUCACAUGUAUAUAUUAUUCUUAUAUGAUCUUUUGUUUAUGCCAUUUAAUGAUGGAAAUCGAUUUUGCUUAUUUGAUUUGUAUGGUGAUACAGUACAUGCACAGACUCUAAUGUUGUUUUAUUCUGUUGAAUUUGCCAAUGCUGGACGUUAUUUGAAUUUUCCGAUUUCAUUUCUUGUUUAUUCAGUCCAAGCUCAUUUAUAGCUCAAAUGGUGCGAUGAUGAUAAAGUGAAUAUCCCAUACUUCGAGGUAUUUUCUUUUUACUUCAAUGUUUAGUAUGAUAUAUGCUAACCAGUGAUUGCAGACUUUUGUCUUUUUACAAAAUUCCUUCACUUAAAGGUAUUGUUGCUGCAGCUUGUAAAUAAAUAUGGUGAUAAUAAGCUUUGGAGAAAAAUCAGUAUUUCUUGAUAAGCCUAAUAUAUAUGUAAGGCAUAUUUACUGGGUUUUUUUUGUCAAAAAGUCUUAAUACUCACAUAAAUGCAUACAUAUUGCAGCUUCAUAUUAAGGAUAUGAAUUAUUCAUGCCCUGCUGUGUUGGUAAUCAAUAUAUACUAACAUUUUCCUUGAUAAAUUUUUAUAACAUAUGUACAAUAAAUGUAUUAACUUAUGUAAAUAGUACAUUUCAAUUACAAUGUGCUUGCCAGUUUUUUUUUCCACUUACUAGUAUUUUUAUUGAUAGCCAGGGGACCGUUUCAAUAAACAUCGUAGCACACAUUUACUUUACCAUACAUUUUUUGAAGGUGCAUAAUUGCUGAAGUCCAUAUCAUAUGAGUAUAAAUUUAGUAUUUAAUUAAUUACAUUGGCAUCAUAAGCGCCGUAUAUAUUUAACGAGCAUGGCGAGCUAGUUCGUCUACAUAUUAAGAGUACAAAAUUCUCUCGUAAGUUUAAAUUGUCGUACGAUCGUUUGUGAAACGGCCUCCAGCAUUCUAUCAGGAACAUUUCAGUGUUUUUGGAAGUAAAAGUUAAGAAUAAAAUUUAAUAAAUAAAUGUCAGUACAGUCAUUCAAAUGUGUACAUUUCAUUUUCUUGUGUAAAUUUAAAUUAAAUCGACAAAUAAUAUUUGGUGAAUAUGAUAUUCUACUUAUUAAGAAAGAGACAUUUGUUCUUGUUUGAGUGAAUUGAUAUUUACAAUUUUGGCAUUGUAUUUCUGUUGUGCAUGCAUGUUGAAAUCUUUUACAAUAAAUCGGUAAAAUUUGA